AAAAGACGUGUGUAUCUUACAAAAGAAAGAACAGAAAAGCUAGAAGAAUUUUACCAGAGCCACAUAGCAUUUUCAUAUCCUGACCAAGAAACGAAAGAAUUACUAGCCAGUGAGUGUGGGAUCACUUAUUUACAAGUUACGAAAUGGUUACGAAAU